AUGCCGCUCGAAGCGACGUUGAUGAUCAUUGACAACUCGGAGUACAUGCGAAAUGGAGACUACACGCCCUCGCGCUACGAUGCCCAGGCCGACGCUGUCACGACUAUCUUCCAGACCAAGGUCGACUCGAAUCCAGAGAACACGGUCGGGGUCAUGACAUUGGCGGGCAAAGGGCCGGAGGUCUUGGUAACACAUACAAAAGACAUUGGCCAAAUCCUGCAAGCUGUCCAUACUACAUCCGAGAAGAUUAGUGGUGUAGCGGAUAUUCCCACCGCCAUUGCGGUGGCACAACUUGCGCUCAAACAUCGUCAGAACAAGAACCUUCGACAGCGCAUAAUUGUUUUUGUUGGCUCCCCGCUGGAGGGCCAGGGUGCAGACGAAAAGGGCAUGAUCAGACUAGCAAAGAAACUCAAGAAGAACAAUGUUGCUGUUGAUUUCAUCGCGUUCGGAGACGGUAUUGAAGAAGGGGAGCAGAAUAUUCUCAAGAAAUUUGUUGAGAACGCGUCAGGAGGGGACAAUUCACAUUAUGUUGCCGUCCCCCCUGGACCCCAUCUGAUAUCAGAUAUAGUUGUUUCGUCGCCGAUUCUUGCGGGUGACCGAGGUAUUCCAGAAGAGGCCAUGGGGGACGUACCGUCCGGUUCGGGGGCAGGUGGUGCCAGCAAUUUCGAAUUCGGCGUUGACCCUAGUUUAGAUCCAGAAUUAGCUAUGGCGCUGCGGAUGUCAUUGGAAGAAGAGGAAGCUCGCCGAGCGGCAGCAGCACAACCAAGUGUAUCAUCGUCCGCACCGCCGCCAGAACCUGCGCCCGCUUCAAUACCUGCGCAGCCAACAGACGACGAUGAAGACGCUAUGCUGCAGCAGGCGCUGGCCAUGUCCGAGGGACGAGAUGUAGAGAUGGCUGAUCAUGUGAGCGGAGAUGACGAGGAGAUGACUGAGGAGGAUGCGAUCGCGCGCGCUAUCGAAAUGAGUAUGAAGGGGGACGAAAGCCAGGAUAAGAAGUAG